GAUACAAUAUAUCACUUAGACAGUCCCAAAAUAAACGCUUAAUAACCAUAUAAGCAAAUAAAAAAAUCCCAACCAUUACCAAACCCAGAAAAAAAAAAAAAAAAAAAACUCAGACCAAACUCUUUUUUCUCUUUUUCUCUCUUCUAUUUCUUUAUAUUUAUCUGAAAAGUUGUUGAAGGCUUGCUAGAAUUGGAAGUCCAAACGGAAACAACAAAGGUAAAGCAAAGAGAGAAGCAGAGUUCAUCACGAUUUUUAUUUUUAUUUUUUAUUAUUAUUUCUCUCCAAUUUUUCCUCUUUAUUUUAAGCAAUUUGUUUUUUUUUUUUUAAAUAUAAUACGUGAAGAUUUUGUAAAGAGAAAGAUACUUGCUUGGUACGACGUCGUGGAAUAUGGGUGGUGGUGGUGGUGGUGGUGGUGAUGGUGAUGGUGGGGGAGUGGUGGCUGGAGGGACUGUAAUUGAAUUUCCGGCGUGUGACGGUGAAACGGCGUCGUACACUUGGCCUCCGAGAAUUCCUACGAGGCUUCGAAGGAGGUUUCUCGUACACUGUAAUAAGACUCCCUGCACCGUUGAACACAUCGAAGCCAAGCUUCGUCUCGCCGAUCUUCGCCGACAGGAAUACUAUGAGAAAUUGUCAAGCAAAGCAAGGCCAAAGCCGAGAAGCCCCUCACGGUCUUCUUCGCAAGAGGAGGACCUCGGUCAGCGCCUUGAAGCUAAGCUUCAGGCAGCUGCUCAGAAAAGGUUGAGCAUUCUAGAAAGUGCGCAAAUGCGCUUGGCUAGGUUGGAUGAACUGCGCCAAGCAGCUAAAACUGGUGUAAAAAUGCGCCAUGAAAAGGAAAGAGAGAAGCUUGGCUCAAAAGUGGAACUGCGUUUUCAGCAGGCAGAGGCAAAUAGAAUGCUUAUGCUCAAGGCUUACAAACAAAGAAGGGCCACACUGAAGGAGAGGUCAUCUCAGUCAUUAUUGCGGAAGAUGGCUCGGGAGAAUAAGUACAAGGAACGUGUACGAGCUGCAAUUCAGCAAAAGCGUGUAGCUGCUGAGAAUAAGCGAUUGGGAUAUCUGGAAGCAGAGAAGAAGAGGGCACGUGCCAGGAUGUUGCAAGUGCAUCGAGUGGCUAAGUCUGUCUCUCACCAACGGGAGGUCGAGAGAAGGAGAAUUAGGGAUCAGUUGGAAAAUCGGCUGCAAAGGGCAAAGAGACAAAGAGCUGAAUAUCUAAGGCAGAGAGCAAGGCUGAAUAAUUCUAUUCCAGUCAAUUGGAAAAUGCACAAGCAGGCUGAUGUCCUUUCUAGAAAAUUGGCAAGGUGUUGGAGGCGGUUCCUCAGGCAGAGGAGAACUACCUUAGACUUGGCAAAAGCUUAUGAUGCACUGAAAAUUAGUGAGAAAUACGUCAAGUCAAUGCCAUUUGAACAGCUAGCUCUUAUGAUUGAGUCAAGCGAUGCACUGCAUACUAUGAAAACUUUACUAGAUCGAUUUGAGAGCCGCUUAAAAGUGUUUAGGGCAGUUGCUGCUGCUACCAAUCAUCCAUCCAAGUUGGACAACAUUGAUCAUCUUCUCAAACGAGUUGCCACCCCAAAGAGGAGGACUACUCCAAGACCAUCUUUGAGGAGCAGAGAUGCAAAGAAAGCAGCUUCCCCCAAGGAGACAGUAAAUAACCCAGCUAAGUUAUCUAGGUAUCCAGUGAGGGUAGCCCUUUGUGCAUACAUGAUAUUGAGUCAUCCAGAUGCUGUUUUCAGUGGUCAAGGAGAGCGUGAGAUUGCUCUUGCCAAGUCUGCAGAAGAAUUUAUUCGGGAAUUUGAGCUGUUAUUGAAGAUUAUAUUGGAGGGGCCUUUAUGCAGUUCUGAUGAAGAGACAGGCUCAAUGUUGCCUACACGUUGCACAUUCAGAUCUCAGCUUGCAGUGUUUGAUAAAGCAUGGUGCUCCUACUUAAAUUCCUUUGUUGCAUGGAAAGUUAAGGAUGCUCAGUUGCUGGAACAAGAUUUGGUGAGAGCAGCUUGUCAGAUGGAGCUCUCAAUGAUUCAAACUUGCAAAAUGACAGCAGAAGGAGAUAGUGUUGAGCUUACUCAUGAUAUGAAGGCUGUCCGGAAACAGGUUUCAGAAGAUCAAAAGCUCUUGAGGGAAAAGGUGCAACACCUAAGUGGAAAUGCUGGGAUUGAGCGUAUGGAAUGUGCUUUAUCUGAAACACGAUCUAAGUACUUCCAAGCAAAGGAAAAUGGAAGCCCAUUCGGGACACCGAUUCCACAUCUUAUCUCUCCAAGCACAUCUAGUUCCUCAAGUAGAGCUUCAGUUGCUCGCAAAGAGAAGAAUUCAGUUGAAAAUAUUGAGAGGCCAAGCCGUGUGGUUCGCACCUUAUUUAAGGAAGAUGAUACUCCUUCCAAAGGAUGUGGUUCCUCUGCACCAAGAACAAAUUUGGACAGUGAGUUGGGAACUUCUGUUGAGAAGUUGGUUUUGGAGAAUGAAUUGAUUGUCAAUGAAUUCCUCCAUGAGCAGCGUCACGCUUUUACUGGUGUCUUCAAAUUGAUCGAUGAAGAUCCAAACAGUGUUAAGGCCAAGGUAAGAGAGGCAAUGGAGAAGGCUUUCUGGGAUAGCAUCUUGGAAUCAUUGAAAAGGGAUGACCCUGACUAUGACCGAGUUGUUCAACUUGUGAGGGAGAUGAGGGAUGAACUUUGCCAGAUGGCUCCAGAUAGCUGGAGACAAAUGAUUGUUGAAUCUAUUGAUCUAGACAUUCUCUCUCAGGGGCUUAAAUCUGGUAAUUUGGACAUUGAUUACCUGGGAAGGAUCUUAGAUUUUGCAUUGGUCACUUUGCAAAGACUCUCCUCUCCUGCUAGUGAUGAUGAAAUGAAGAAUACUCACCAAAGGUUAAUGAAAGAAUUAACUGAGAUAUGCCAAGCCAGAGAGGAGUCAGAUCAUUCAAAUGUAAUUGCAAUGAUCAAGGGUCUGCGCUUUGUCUUAGAGCAGAUUCAGGUGCUUAAGCAAGAGAUUAGCAAAGCACGUAUACAAAUGAUGGAGCCUCUGUUAAAGGGACCUGCUGGUUUGGAUUACCUUAGAAAUGCUUUUGCCAACCGGCAUGGAUCUCCCUCUGAUGCUUGCUCUUCUCUGCCAUUGACCAUUCAGUGGCUUUCAUGUGUGUGGAACUGCAAAGAUCAGGAGUGGGAAGAACAUAGAAGUUCUCUCCGAGAUUUGGAUUGCGGAAGAUCAUCUCAGGAAUUUAUUCCUUCCACUACCCUUAGAAGUGGUGGAAACUUUCUAGUCAGUCCCAACAUCACUUCCCCUAAUUCUACUACUACAAAUAUUACAGGUGAUCAACAACCAGAAUGCAAGGGAGAAACAGUUGAUUUGUUGGUGAGGCUAGGCUUAUUGAAGUUAGUGAAUGGAGUUUCUGGUCUGACAAAAGAAGCUCUGCCUGAAACUUUCAUUCUUAACCUCUCUAGGCUUAGGUCUGUUCAGGCUCAAAUUCAGAAGAUUAUUGUAAUUUCUACAAGCAUCCUUAUUUGCCGGCAAGUUCUUGUAAGUGAGAGAACAGUAGCCAGUGCUAAAGACAUGGAAGUCAUAGUAUCAAAAUGCAUGGAGAGGCUUAUAGAGCUCUUAGACAAUAGUGAAGAUGCAGGUACUGAGGAAAUCGUUGAAUCAAUCAGUAGGUUCUCAACAGAUGGUAGUGAAGCUGUUGACUCGGAGAAGCUUCAAUCAAGGAAGGCGGUCAUGGCCAGAAUGUUAGGAAAGAGUUUGCAAGCUGGGGAUGCAGUGUUUGAAAGGGUAUCUCGUGCUGUUUAUACAGCUGCAAGAGGAGUUGUGCUUGGAGGGACUGGACUUAAAGGAAAAAACUUGGCCGAGACUACACUACGGCAAAUUGGAGCUGCUGUACUGACUGACAAGUUGAUAAAAGCUGCUGAAGUUUUAGUUGUGGCAGCUGCUGUAUCAGUUAGCGUUCAUGGACAAUGGUAUACACAGCUAACUGGUAACAUGUGAUAUGAUUAGAAACGACGUAGUACAGAAAUAAGUAUCUCACAGAUGUACAGAGAUAACGGUGUGUGUAAAGCUUUGUAUUUAGUGGUAAGUUGUAGAUGUUUGUAGAUGUGAAGUUGGAUAUUUAAUUAUGAAUAUGCACAAUUCUUUGAUGUAAUGUAUAAGAUGUAAAUAUGUUUUAGAUUGAAAUAAAAGUUAUUGGAUUAAAUGCGA